UAGGAGCAGCAACAUAAAAAGAAAACAAUCGCUAAUUCACACUUUAUUGUUAGUUUUGGUGAUUAAUUCGAGAAAAAUGGCAAAGCAAUGCCUUAUGGCUUAAAAUAUAUAUUAAGACUUGAAAAUAUUUCACAACUUGCUUGAAUAGCUGGUGGCGCUUAGUUCAUUUGCAUAGAAAUCCAAUUUAUAAUCGCAAUAUUGACAGCCGCCUAUUGUCUCCAAGCAAAUUCGCAAUCAUAUGCCGUCUAGUAUGUCGAUGAGGUUGCAAUUUCGCACAAUGUGCACUGAAGAAAAAUCACUGCAAAUAAAAAUUCAUAAAUUAACAAUAAAUUGCAGCAUUUGAAUGCACUCGAGUGACAUAUUAGUUUUUGGCAUUCGCAAGAAGAUCUGCAAUUUGUAUAAAAGUUCGUGCGCUGCGGAGAGGAAAUCAUUCCACAUCUCAACACUUCUGGGUCUUAUCAGCCACACGCCUAGCUUAGUGCCAACAAAGUACGCGUUUUUGAAUAUCCAGUCAUAAGUAUUCAUAAAAAAGAUGCGUGCCUUCAUCGUCCUCUGUUUAUUUGCCGCUGCCUGCGCCGACAACUUGGGCUACAACUAUCGCCCGGAAGGACAAUCAGACGCCGGUCUCUCGUUUGCACCAAGUGGCAGUAGUGGUGGACUUGGUGGUUUGAGCGGACUAAGUGGACCAAGUAGCAACUAUGGUGCUGCCACGCAAGUUUCACCUUCUUACUCCGCACCCGCCGCUGAAUUCGACAAGGAGUUCUACAGCUACACUGCUGAUGAGGAUGAUUUCAAUGAACCUGCUGGCAGUGAACAACUAGAAGCUGCACUGAAGAAGAAUCUGCGUGUUAUCUUCGUUAAGGGACCCGAAAAUAAUGGCUUGGAGAACGCCGCCCUCAAUCUUGCCAGACAUGCGGCCGAACAGAAGACCGCCAUCUAUGUUCUACAAAAACAAGCCGACUUGGGUGAUCUGGCCAACAAAUUGCAGUCUCAAUACGACCAUACAGGUCAUAAACCCGAUGUACAUUUCGUCAAGUACCGUACCCCAGAGGAUGCUCUCAAUGCUCAACGCGCUAUUCAAUCACAAUACGAUCAAUUGGGUGGCAACUCUCAAUCGCACGAUGGUGGCGUGGCUCCUGUACACAAUUUUGCUUCUGAGGCUACUCGUCAAGCGCCACGUAUUGUAAGCUCGCCGGGUGCCACUUACUUGCCUUCCUCGAUUAUUCGUGUUUAAUGUGGAGAGUGGGAAUAAUAGAUAGAAUUUAGAUAGAGUUUAUCUAACAGACUCCAAAAUGUGAUAAAACGACCGUCAUUGUUAUGCUUUGUUGACUAAUAUAUAAUAAUAAU